GGACUAAGAAGGAGCAUGGAGGCACUGAGAGAGUCUUUUCUGCAUUUGACUUUUCAGAUGUCAACGUAUAAGCGAGCCACGCUGGAUGAGGAGGACCUGGUGGACUCCACCGGUGAAGACAUCUACCCAUCAUCACCCAUGCAGGUGACUCUUCUGCGCGGCCGCGGUGCCUCAUGUUGGCCCGAGAGGACUCAGAGAGAGAGGAGGCUGCUGUUUCUAGUGUGUGUGGUGUCUGUGGGUCUGUUCAUAUCCCUCAUCACGACCGGUGUCUUCUACAAACAGACUCACCCGGGUUUGUGCCUAACAGAGCCAUGCAUCACUGUGGCCAGUACAAUCAUGGGAGCCCUGGACCGCUCCGUAGACCCCUGCCACGACUUCUACAACUUUGCCUGCGGGGGCUGGGUGAAGAACAAUCCCCUCCCUGAGGGCAAGUCCCGCUGGGGACCUUUCAGCAACCUGUGGGAACACAACAUGCUUGUAAUGAAGCAUUUAUUAGAAAAUAAAACAAUGAAGGGUUUGAGUAAGGCUGAGGAAAAGGCCCAGCGAUAUUAUCAGGCCUGUAUGAACGAAGCCAAGAUUGAGGAAUUAGGAGCUCAGCCGCUACAGGACCUAAUCAGACAGAUAGGAGGGUGGGCCUUGACCGAAUCCUGGGACAAGGAUAACUUUCAGGAAGUUCUGCGCACAGUGUCAGCAAACUAUCACACCUCGCCUUUCUUCACAGUGUUUGUCAGCACUGACUCCAAAAACUCCAACAGUAAUAUCAUCCAGGUGGAUCAGUCCAGCCUGGGACUACCUUCACGGGAUUACUACCUCAACAAAACAGCAAAUGAAAAGUAUCUGACGGCAUACCUCAACUUCCUGGUGGAGUUAGGGGAUCUUCUCGGUGGCUCGGCGGAAACGUCUCGAACGCUGAUGGAGGAGAUUGUGGACUUUGAAACCACCCUGGCUAACAUCACAGUCCCUCAGGAGGAGAGAAGAGACGAGGAGCUCAUCUACCAUAAGAUGGAGGCCAAAGACCUGACGACUUUGGCUCCUGCUGUGGACUGGAUGCCGUACCUCACAGAAGUGUUUGCUCCUGUACCACUCAACAAGUCAGAGCCGGUGGUUGUUUAUGCCAAAGAAUACCUCCAGAAAGUUUCUGACCUCAUAAUUAAGACAAAUAAAAGCCUACUCAACAACUACAUGAUAAUGAAAGUGGUGAGGAAGAUGGUCUCCAUUUUGGACCAGAGGUUUCAGGAUGCUGAGCAGCGCUUCCUUGAGGUCAUGUACGGAACCAAGAAGAGCUGCACUCCGCGCUGGAAGCUGUGCGUCAGCGACACAGACAGCGCCCUGGGCUUCGCUCUCGGAGCCAUGUUUGUCAAAGCCACCUUUGCUGAGGACAGCAAGGCCAUUGCUGAAGAUAUGGUUGGAGACAUCAAAUGGGCGUUUGAGGACAGCCUGAAGUAUGUGAGCUGGAUGGACUCUGAUACAAAAAAAGCAGCAAAAGAAAAGGCAGAUGCAAUAUACAACAUGGUUGGAUAUCCAGAGUUCAUCAUGAAUACCACAAAGCUGGACAAAGUGUUCAAUGAUUUUGAAGUGGUGUCAGAGCUGUACUUCCAAAAUGUCAUGCAGUACUACAACUUCUCAGCCAGAGUGACAGCGGACCAGCUGAGGAAAACUCCAAACAGAAACCAGUGGAGCAUGACCCCUCCAACCGUGAACGCAUAUUACAACCCGACCAAGAACGAGAUGGUUUUGCCAGCAGGAAUCCUUCAAGCUCCGUUCUAUAGUCGUUCAUGGCCUAAAGCUCUUAACUUUGGUGGAAUUGGAGUAGUGAUGGGACAUGAACUGACUCAUGCUUUUGAUGACCAAGGGAGAGAAUAUGACAAGGACGGAAACCUGCGUUCCUGGUGGAAGAACUCGUCCGUGGAGGCCUUCAAGAAGCAGACCCAGUGCAUGGUGGAGCAGUACGGUAACUACAGUAUCAACCAGGAGCCUCUGAAUGGAAGACACACCCUGGGAGAAAACAUCGCUGACAACGGUGGACUCAAAGCUGCCUACAAGGCUUAUGUGAACUGGAUCAAAAAGAACGGAGAGGAGGCCAAGCUGCCUGCCCUGGGAAUGACAAACCAUCAGCUGUUUUUUGUGGGAUUUGCACAGGUAUGGUGCUCUGUAAGGACACCUGAAAGCUCGCAUGAGGGCGUAAUCACGGAUCCUCACAGUCCAUCGAGAUUCAGAGUCAUCGGCACCAUCUCCAACUCACAGGAAUUCUCAAAGCACUUUGGAUGCAAAGCAGAUGCUCCCAUGAACCCGAAACACAAGUGUGAGCUUUGGUGAUGCCUUUACUGCUCAGUGCUGUUUGUCAGCACAGAGCGAAACUGAUGUUUGGCAAAGCGACUCAAGAUGCUGACAAAGCCUCUCUGUAUAAGGAAUGCAAGAACCACUGACUAUCCUACUGCCUUGCCACUCAUUGCUUAUCAGGCUGCUUAUCAGGACAAAAUGUGCCUGCUCUAUAUGGAGGAUUGCAAACUUCAGUGCUUCUCGGCAAGGACUGGUGGUUUAGCAAACAGCUUUCCACAACUUCUGACGUCAAAUGUAGCUAUAAAUGUGCUUUUUGAACACUGGAAACCCAACAUGUGGUUACAAAAAAAUGGGUGAACCCACUCUCAAAUUUUUGUAAACCGCUCGUUUGUCACGUAAAGUGAUAAACAAAGUGACGUUUCUUUUUCUUGUAACUUUUCACUGUGCUUGGAUUUGCUCCUGUUUACUUUCAUGUAUUUUUAUUUAUGGUCACAAUUUUAUAUGACAGUGAACCAGGGACCUGUUUAACCUGAUGAAAAAUUAAAAAUCUGGUCUACAUUCAUGGACUUUAAAAGCCAUGUCUUAUGAAUGGGUAUACAUGUUUUAAUACAAUAGCAAAGGUUUGUCUUUGAAGAACAGAAAUAUAUUUUGUGUACAAUCUUUGUGUACAACAUUUUUAUAGAGAUUAAGUAUUGAUGGGAUAUUUCUGUUUUUCAAACUUAUUUUCGGACCUGGUAUCACAUUGAAGGUAUUUCAUUUCUGUAAUGGAAGACCAAUACAAAUCAGUAAAAGAUUGAAGAAAUUAAGAAAUUCACAACAAAGCAUUAACUGUUUUUUCAUUCAGAAGCUAUUUAGGCUCAAAUAUGAUGUGUCAUACUUCUUUUUAUGAGUAAAAGUCUGUCACAAAUUAUUUUGUAUAGUAAAACCAAUCAUAAAACGU